AUGACCGUGCACCUCGUCCCUGCCACUCCCAGCUCCAGUGUCGAUGCCGUCGCCAGCGCUACUUCUAGCGAGUGCCCAAAACCAACGGCAUCUUCAACAACAGAAUCUACGCGCACGCCUCCGGCAACGAUCGCUGGAAGUGUCAUUGGCUCCAUGGCAGGGCUGGCCCUGAUAGUCACACUUCUCAUUUGGUGUUGCCGAAGGAAACGAAAAAUAAAACUAACCUUCAAGCGGAAAGUGCAAAAGACUGACCAGGAAGAGCAGUUGAACGAGCUACAGUCUGUCAGAGAAGAAAGAGAUCAAGCUCUUCGACGACUCGAGAAUAAUGACAAGGCGCUUCCAAGCCCGCGUUCAUUUGACUUUGGCCUUCCUCCAAUACCAAAGAACUCGAGUCCCGUAAUGCCGCAGCAAUGGCUAUGA